AUGUUGGACUUCACAGAAAAGGAUUCAGUAAAGAGUGAAAUCACAGUAAAGUUUGUAGAAAAACAAUUUAUACCUACCAAAGAGAAUAGUAGAGCUCCUACAUACAAGCCAAAAUUACUAGAAUUACUUGGGCAAAUCAAUAAUAGAACAGUUAGAGAUAUUUAUAGAGAAUUGAUAAAAACCUUAAAAUAUAACCCACCUAAUUAUUUGAGAGAAGUCAAUAACAAAAGCAAAAAUAAGUGGAGUGAGGAUGACUUCAUUAGUAACUUUACCUGGAAGAGUAUUAACCUCAUUGACGAUACUCCUAUAGAGAAAUAG